AUCAGUCCAAGGACAUCAUUCACUUGGAUGCGGGGGAAAAAGUUCGAUCCUCUCUUCUCCAGGAUCACUUAGCGGAGUUUCUUCUUUUUUUUUUUUUUUUUUUUCCCUCCUCCACUUAUUACCAAGAGAAGGAUUGUUUAUUAUGUUGCCGUUUCUUUUGCCUUUCUUUAAAAUUCUGCAAACUUAUGAGCGCGGGUUUUAACGCUGUCGCAGCGCUAUUUUUGUUUACUUUUCGCAGUUUAUUUUUCGUUUCGCUUGCCCCGCAGUGACCAUGCUCCUUGACAGCGGUCCCCAGUUCUCGGCUCUGGGCGUCGGGGGCUUUGGGACGCCGAGGCAUCAUGAGAUGGGGAACAGGGAUCCGGCGGGCUUGGGGCUCAAUCCCUUCGGAGAUUCCUCCCACUCCACCGCCUUCAAGAUCAGCCCUGUGGCUCACGACAUCGCCGCCGGACAGAGCUCCGCGUUCACGGCACAAGCCUCGAGUUACGCAGCUGCCCUGGGACACCACCACCACCACCACCACCACAGCGGCCAAGUGGGAUCCUACGGAGCCGGGACCUUCAAUUCCACGCGGGAUUUUUUGUUCAGAAACCGUGCGGCGGGUCUCGGGGAAUCUGCGGCUGGCAGCGGGCAGCAUGGGAUCUUCGGUCCGUCCGCAGGGGGUCUGCACGGACCCCCGGGGAUCUCCGAGACCGCGGGACACCUCCUGUUCCCGGGGCUGCACGAGCAAGCCGCGAGCCACGCGUCUCCAAACGGACACGUAGUGAACAGCCAGAUGCAUCUGGGUUUGCGUGGGGAUCUCUUCGGGAGACCAGACCCGUACCGAUCCGUCUCCAGUCCCCGCGCGGACCCCUACGGCACGAGCCACCAGCUGCACAACUACAACCACUCCAUCAACAUGAACAUGGGCAUGAACAUGCCGACGCAUCACGCUCCCGGGGCUUUCUUCAGGUACAUGCGGCAGCCCAUUAAGCAAGAGAUGUCCUGUAAGUGGAUAGACGAGAACCAGAUGAACCGGCCCAAAAAGACGUGCGACCGGACCUUCAGCACGAUGCACGAGCUGGUGACGCACGUCUCCAUGGAGCACGUCGGCGGCCCAGAGCAGAGUCAUCACAUCUGUUUCUGGGAGGACUGUCCCAGGGAAGGAAAGUCCUUUAAGGCAAAGUACAAACUGGUGAACCACAUACGGGUGCACACUGGAGAAAAGCCCUUCCCGUGUCCCUUCCCUGGGUGUGGAAAAAUAUUUGCCAGGUCGGAAAAUUUGAAAAUCCACAAAAGAACUCAUACAGGUGAAAAGCCGUUUAAGUGUGAGUUCGAGGGUUGCGACAGACGCUUCGCGAACAGCAGUGACAGGAAAAAGCACAUGCACGUGCACACGUCGGACAAGCCGUACAUUUGCAAAGUCUGCGACAAGUCCUACACACACCCCAGCUCUCUCAGGAAACAUAUGAAGGUGCACGAGUCUCAAGGCUCCGAGUCCUCCCCGGCUGCAAGUUCUGGGUACGAGUCGUCCACGCCGCCCGCGCUCGUGUCUGCGAACACCGAGGACGCGGCGAAAUCGUCGCCGCCGGGCGCGCAGAGCUCGUCGGCGCACAGCGACGGACUGCCGCCCAACUUUAGCGAGUGGUACGUGUGACAUUGGAGCACGUCUCGAAAAAAACGGGACCCAGAAAGGUUGAGGAAACCUGCAGCGCUCACACCCCGAAGUGUUCAGAAAAAGGGGUCGUGGAGUUGCUUGUUUUUUUUUUUUUUUUUUUUUU